ACCAUUUUCUAGCUAGCGAACCUAAACCUUUAGCCCUUCAAAUGGGCUCUGAUCUCAUUUUUCUCGCACUGAUAAUACUUUCACGGCCUUCAUUUCGUUCUAUCGAAGCCCAAGGGAUCAAAUCGGCUCGUCUCCUUGACCUUCUCAUUAGGGACUACACGGUUAAGUCCUUUGACAGGCAUUGGAAGACAGGUACUUCUUAUACUGUACAUCCACCUGCAAACUUAUCCGGUAUCGAAGUUGAUACUGUGAGGUUUCGAUGUGGGAGUGUCCGACGAUACGGUGCGAAAGUUAAGGAAUUUGGUUUGGGAAUUGGUGUGAUUGUUCAUCCUUGUGCUGAGAGGGUCAUAGUGGUGAGACAAAACUUGGGUCUCAAUUGGUCACCUAUAUAUUACGCCAACUAUGAUUUAUCAGGUUACCAGCUUGUUUCACCUGUGUUGGGACUUUUAGCUUAUAAUGCAGGCAGUGAUGUGAGUUUCGGUAGCCCUUUCCAGCUCGGGAUUCUCGCGAGUGAAAAGCCGAUUAAGAUCGAUUUCGGCGACAUUAAAAUUGUUUCCGACGUGAUCGGAUCAUCAACGAGGCCACUGUGUGCUAGUUUCGAAGGAGAUGGCAAGGUUACAUUGAAAAUCCAAGUGUCACCCGAUGUUUGUUUGGCGGCAAGGGAUGGACAUUUUGGUUUGGUCAUCGAGUCGCCGCCCUUGAUGCCGGUAAGGAAGAAGAUCAGCAGAUGGAAAUUGGUGGUCAGAAGCUCGAUAGGAGCUGCAUUGGGUGCUUUCCUCUUGGGAUUGCUUUUGGUGACAAUGGUUAUUAAGGUGAAGAAAUCAAGAAUGGAGGAGUUGGAGAGGAGAGCUUACGAAGAAGAAGCUCUUCCGGUUUCCAUGGUUGGACAUUUCAGAACUCCAACGGCUUCUGCUACUCGAACGACUCCGACGAUCGAAUAUCUGUACAUAAAUCACCAUUCCUGA